AAGAUUAAGAUGUUUACGUCGAUAAGCAGCUUCCCCACCGGCCACUCCUGAGUCAUCCAAGCUACUUGCUUAAACUCCCUCAACCCUAUAUUAGCCUGAUGAGACUAGGAUUCUGGAAACGGCGUCGUUUGGAUGUUGAUGGAGGUCUCUGCCUGCUUGCUUCCGGUCAGCCUGACCUCACGAUGAGGCAGAAGACUUGACGUUGGGUUUUCCUUUGGCGGCAACGUUUCCCCCAAGCUGCGCCACUCUUGGAUCCCCUUUUACUGCCACCUCCUCUUUUUGUGGGUUUUGUUGCUUCGGGAUUAAUGUUGAAGAGGACGAAAGGGUAGGUCCCGGUGAAGACACAAUUUAUCCUAAAGACUGUGACUAAUGACAAAUCGAUGCCAUGGAAGCUUAAAUUAAAUGGAAAUGAAUAUUGGAUAUCUACAAGACAAACUCAAGGAAAACAAUGGCAUGGGAUCAUUUGGUUUGUGUAAUUUUUUUUUUUACUGAGAAAGAAACCAUCUUCUCUUGCCUAUAAUGAUAUGAUCAUAUGAGUUCCCAAGAUGGAGUAAACGUAUCUAAAAAAAUGCUUGAUUUUAAUUGAAUAUGUAGAUCUUGUGUGGAUUGAUGUUCUUUUCAUCCGGGAUUUUUUCUGGGGAUGUCUUUAAAUCUUCUUAAGAACUCAUCUAUACAUGGUUGAAUUUUAUAAAAAAUAUUUAUGGGUUUUAAUUUUUGUGGAAAAUAUGAUUUUUCUUUACAGGGAAUAGCUCAUCUUCAUUGUCAUUUUACUUCUAAAUUGGGUAUUAUUUUUAAUUUGUAAUCUGUACUUAAGAGAGAAAGUAAAUUGUUCAGAGAUGGGAGAAAGCAAUGACCUUUUUAACUGAAGUAAAUUUUCCAUUUCUUGGGACAGCCAAGCAUAGGUCAAAUUGGUCGCCCCUUCAUGAGAUUUCCCAACAUUUUAAGAUGCUUGAAAAUAAUGUAGAUAUUCAGACUGUUGUGGGGACAAGGGGAAAACAAUAUCGAGUUUGGGUUGAUCAAAAUUUCCCAUCACGGAUUUAUUCAGAUGUGUGGCUUGUCAAUUUCAAGCAAUGGGAACAAACUGGUGAAGAACAGCAGGGGGGUGAAACAUGCAGUUCGCUUUAUGCAAUAUAUAAGGGCUAGCUGUAUAAAAUAGCGACGUACUUUCAUUUUGCUGGUGUAUUAUACCUUUCUAUUUUCAUUUACGUAAAUUGCAAAGUUGUAGUUCUAAUUUUUUUUAUCGUAAAGCGUUGUAGUUUUUAACAUCUACCCAAUAAUAG